GUGCGACGGCGUCCGCAAUUUUGCCGAUUUUCCCCUCCAGCCAUCGCUCAAGUCCUCGCUGCCCCCUUUUAUAGUUAUUACUUAGAUCCCGGCUGGUCCUGGUUUCCGUCAUCAAAGCUUCUAUAUAAUCAAUUUCUUCGAAUCUUCGGUGAUUUUUCUUCCUCGCCUUGUCCACUCUAGAAUACUCUGAGCGCAAGGUCCACCCCGUCCGUGCUAUCAUAUCCACUUAAUAACCCCCUGUUCCGUUCUUGACGCGCGCGCUUCUAAACUCCUUCCCACGUCUUGGACUUCAUUUCACAUACUCCUUUUCCCCCCCUUCCUAACCUUCUCGCAUUCAUCUUACCCCCCUUUCGCUUCGAUCCUCCAUACCAGUGCUCCAUAACCAACGCCCUUGACAACCACUAAACAAAAUGUCGGACAUCGAUCAAGAAUGGAAGCCCAAGAACCGUCCACAGUCGACCAUGGCACAAGCCUUCUCAUCCGCGCUGGAUAGCGCCUUUUCGCUUGAUUCCGAUGUCAAUCACCUUUCACAGACCAUCGAUCAAAAGAGACACCAAAUGAUGAUUCAGGAGCGAGAAUUAGAACAGCUUCAGGCUAGGAUCCGGGAAGCUGAGGAACGUCUCAAAGCCCGACAGUCUUUGGUCCUCGACGGAAACAACACAAGGUCUCCUUCGGCGCAACGAGGGGACCGGUUCUACCAGUCAGCAUCCACCUCAGCAUCUACAUCCCCCACGGAUUCCGCCGGCCAAUACUCCAGCGGCGACGAACAACAGCGUGGUCAGGGCCGCAACUCAUGACUGCCUUUGACGGGCCGGGGUCGGUUAUUAUCAGCAUAUAAUUUGGGUCAAGGUUUGGGAUGGGAGAUUACGGAUUCGACUUCACUGCUUUCAUCUUUUAUAUAUCCUCAUUUGGCGGGCAUGUUUGGAGAAAUCGGUUCUGUUGGCUUGGACGCUCCGUCAUUGCUUCCCUCCACCACGUCAACGCCGAUCAAGGCUUGGAGGGGAAACAACGCCGGCGCGGCUCACUUGUCGCUCCUUCCCCUGCUGUAUUGGGUGGUGGCCACAUCCGCCUCUGUGCGGGCCAUCCCAAUCUUCGAAAGUUUCGGAGAGACAGUCGAGCUUGUCGUCCAGUCAAAUUUGGCGUUAAAUAUUGUUUACACAGUCAAUAUGUUGGCAUUCAUUUGGU